GCCUGCCCCGGUGGCGUGCCGGCGCAGCCCGCCGUGGGGAGGGGGCUUGCGCAGCGGGGCGGGCGAGACUUGCCCUGCCGGCUGCCGAAGUUGCGCCCUGGAAAAUAAAACCGUUGCGGCCGCUUAGAGCCAGACGGUGUGAGCAGGGGAGCGUGUUUCGGCACACGGUAAAUCCGGCGACUUCAGAGAAGAGCAACCCAGCAGCUCGGUACUUCCUUCUGCUGAUAAGAUCUUCGCCUGCGCUCGUCACGGGUGGCGGAGUCGCGGCCGCUCGCUGCCCCACUUGAACUGGUUUCAGACUCCUCCCGAAGCGAGACGGGGAGCGGGAGAGCAGCGAGGUGGGAGGAGGCGAUGCACGGAGCUGCGCUGCUGCCUCUGACGCCCUCCGCCCCGCGUAGCCCCGCUCGCUGCGCUCCUAGCAGAGGCGGCCGGGCGGCGGAGCCGCGGCUGACACCGACAUGGGAACGUUAGGAAAAAGAAAAGAAAAAAAGAAUUCUCACCAGGCAUGCAGCACCGCCUCUGAAUCGGCACUUGAGCUGAAGCAGAUCAGUCAUUGUCUCAGUGGCUCCAAUCUUACCCAGGUCGCGAUGGUGCCCUUGGGGCACUUAGCCAAAGGAGCCACAUUGGAAGACCUUCUGGAAACCUGCAUUCAAUCUUUUGAUUUAGAAGGAAAUGCUUCUCAGAACAACCAGCUGCUGAAGAUCAUCCUGGCCAUGCAUCAGUUCAUCAUUUCCUCUGCAGACAUGCUUCAGAAACUCAUUGAUCUCUACCUGAACGCCUUAGAAAAGAAAUCUUCCAUCCUCUGUGUAAAGAUCUGCUAUUUUGUGAGGUACUGGAUUACAGAGUUCUGGGUUAUGUUCAAAAUGGACUCUAAGCUAUCCACAACUAUGGAGGAAUUUCAGCAGCUGGUUAAAGCCAAUGGGGAGGAGCUGCACUGUCGUCUGAUCGACACAACUCAAAUAAAUUCUAGGGAUUGGUCUAGGAAGCUGACACAGCGUGUCAAGGCCAACAGCAGUAAGAAAAGGAAAGUCUCCCUUCUCUUUGAUCACCUGGAGCCAGAGGAGCUGUCAGACCACCUCACCUACCUGGAGUUUAAGUCUUUCAGGAGAAUAUCAUUCUCAGAUUAUCAGAACUACAUUGUGAACAGCUCUGUGAAGGAGAAUCCAACCAUGGAAAGAUCAAUUGCUCUUUGCAAUGGCAUCUCCCAGUGGGUGCAGCUCAUGGUUCUCAGCAGACCAACACCACAGCUUCGGGCUGAAGUCUUUAUCAAGUUCAUUCAUGUUGCACAGAAGCUCCACCAAUUGCAGAAUUUCAAUACAUUAAUGGCAGUGAUAGGAGGCCUCUGUCACAGUUCCAUUUCCAGACUCAAGGAAACAAGCUCCUGCGUUCCUCAUGAUGUAAUUAAGGUGUUCAAUGAAAUGACAGAGCUGCUCUCCUCCUACAGAAACUACGACAGCUACCGACGUGCCUACAAUGAGUGCAGUAACUUUAAGAUCCCAAUCCUGGGGGUCCACCUGAAAGACUUGAUAUCACUUCAUGAGGGCAUGCCAGACUACUUGGAGGACAACAAAAUUAACAUAUACAAACUCUACUCUCUCUAUAACCACAUUGAUGAGCUGGUGCAGCUCCAGGAAAUGCCACUUCCCCUGGAGGCUAAUAUGGACCUUGUUCAUCUCCUUACACUGUCCCUUGAUCUUUACUACACCGAAGAUGAGAUCUAUGAGCUGUCCUAUGCACGAGAGCCACGGAGCCACCGAGCGGCUCCUCUGACACCUUCCAGACCAGCAGUAGUUGCAGACUGGGCUUCAGGAGUAGCCCCCAGACCUGAUCCAAAAACCAUCAGCAAACAUGUUCAGAGGAUGGUAGACUCUGUCUUCAAAAACUACGACCACGACCAGGAUGGAUACAUCUCCCAGGAGGAAUUUGAGAAGAUAGCUGCCAGCUUUCCCUUUUCAUUUUGUGUAAUGGCUAAGGACUGGGAAGGUCUGAUCAGCAGGGAUGAAAUCACAGCUUACUUCAUGAGAGCCAGCUCAAUCUAUUCCAAAUUAGGACUUGGCUUUGCCCACAACUUUCAAGAGACCACUUACUUAAGGCCUACUUUCUGUGACAACUGUGCUGGAUUUCUGUGGGGAGUCAUUAAACAAGGAUACAGAUGCAAAGACUGUGGAAUGAACUGUCACAAGCAAUGCAAAGACCUGAUUGUGAUAGAGUGCAAGAGAAGACCCAAAACUCCACUUGCAGACAGCAGCCCAACUUCUGCUCUUGCUUCAAGCCUCUGCCCAGUAGGAGUCAAAGAACAAUUCCACGGACAAGAAGAAGGACCAUUCACAUUCCCUAAUGGAGAAGUAGUGGAGCACAAUGAAGACAGCAAGGACCGAACCAUUAUGCUCAUGGGUUCCUCAGCUCAGAAGAUCUCAGUCAGACUGAAACCAGCUGUGGUUCACAAAAGCACACAGACUGAUCUCAUCCUGCUGGCUGGGGAUGUGUCUCGCAGGCAGGCGAAGAAAGAACAGAGGGUCCCAGAUACCCCUUGCUACCUGCAGGCUGCUCCAGCAUCCCCCUGCCCAAGCCCACUGCUGGGCCGCAGGAAAGCCUAUGUUAAAUGGGAAAACAAGGACUGCAGCCACAGGACAAAGGAAGAGCAUCCCAGCUGCAAGCCCUCCUACCAGGAGCUGGAGCAGGAAAGAAAUACUCUAAGGGCAGUCAAUGAAGGCUUAAAGAUCCAGCUGGAACAGGCACACAAAACAAUUGAGUCGCUCACAAUCCAGAGAAGAAACCAUGUAGUCCACAACCUACAACACAGAGACUGCUCCUAGCAGGCAAGAAAGGAAAUCUCCCGUGGAGGAAUGUAAGACUGAAGGGUGGGGUUGUGCUGAAGCUGCUUUACCAAGUGAACUGGAGAGCCUGAGGGACGUUGAACAGGAAUACUCUCUUUAUUCCACGUUUCCCUAUUCAGAAGACACCCCCCAGUACACAGACCUAUUCCUCUGCCUUGUAAAAGCAACUUAGUGUCACCUGUGUAAGGAGAAGAGAAACAUCUGGGUCUGCUUGGAAAAGAAAUGAGGUUGGUGCUGAAGUUUCUGCUCAUGGCGAAGGCUGUGUGGACUGGCCAGCAUCUUGGCUGCCAGCAGCACACAUUCCUCUACAAGUGUUGUGACAAAGGAGCUAUUGAUGAGCCUGGGCCCCCACAGAUUUGGCCCAGAUACAGAAAGAAAUGUUCAAUAUAAAGCUGAGUAUUUAAGUAAAAUUGUAGAAUGUUCCCCUGAGGGAAACAGGUCCUUCUCCUGGUGGCUGAAACCACCUCAGAUCAUGUCCUGCUAUCUUAAGUUGCAAAAGCUGGAGGAGAAUGUUACAGGAAGGAGUUAAGCUCAUGGAACCUGAUUGCUUAUUAGUACACCUUAAGACAAAGUGAAAUGGUUUUCAACCCUCUUUCAGAGCUGUGGAAGUCCUGCUGCCCAAAGGCUGACCUUGUCUAAGGGAAACUGGAUGAGCCCAGGGUUACUUUGAAUACUGCUUCCAGCUCUGUGCUGCAGCUUGGGACACCCUGUCCUACUCAUCUGGCUUAAGGAGUAACUUGAGCAUACAGGGUAGGUACCAUAGAAUGGUUUGGGCUGGAAGUGACCUCCAAAAGUCAUCCAGUCCAACCCCCUGCAGUCAGCAGGGACAUCCUCCACUAGAUCAGGUUGCCCAGAGCCCUGCUGAGCAUCACCUUGAGUAUCUCCAGGGAUGGAGCCUCAACCACCUCCUCAGGUAACCUGGUGGCAGUGUUUGGCACCCUCAUGGUGCAGAACACAUUCAAUCCAAUCUGCUCUGCUCUCAUUUCAAACCACUACCCUCAUCUUGUCCCCACAGCCCUUUGCAGCCUUCUCUUCUCCAAGCUGAACACCCCCAGCUCUCUCAGCCUGUCCUUGUAGCAGAGGUGUUCCAGCCCUUGGACCAUCCUUAUGGCCUUCCUCUGGACUAGCUCUAUCAGGUCCAUGUCCUUCCUGUGUUGAAGGCCUCACAGCUGGACACAGCACUGCAGGUGAGGUGUCCCCAGAGCAGAGGGUCAGGAUCGCCUCUCUCCAUCUCUGGCCACAUUGCUUUGGGUGCAGCCCAGGCAGCCUUUGACCUUCUGUGCUGCAAGCUCACACUAUUGGCUAUUGUGCAGCUUCUCAUCCAUCAGCACCCCCAAGCCCUUUUCUGCAGGGCUGCUCUCAAUCUCACCAUGCCUCAGCCUGGAUGCCUAUGUAGGAUUGCCCCAGGGUGCAGGACCUUACACUUUGCCUUAUUGAACCUGAUGAGAUUCUCCUCAGCCACCUUUCCAGCCUGUCCUGAUAACAUAGCUUAAAGACUAACUUGUUCCUCACAGCGGAUAUGGGACAAAGUUACUUCUCUCAUGGCCAGUGUAUACCAUUGUUGAACAGAACCUCAAGGGCCACCCUCUGAGGGAAAAUGUCCAGCAUUCCCAGGGCAACAGUUACUGUAUUCCAGAGCGCUUUAACAUCUGGUUCUAUCCAAGGUUUCUCCAUUGUCUUUCUCCUCGAUUCACUUGCACUUUAAGUAAAGAGUCAAGGUGAGAAUGCUCUUACCUGUGUAAAUUCUGUACAGGAAAAGGUGCUAGGGAAGCAACUUAGUGUGCUUAAAGCUACAAAGUGUAAACAUUGUCAAGAGGCAACAGAACAGUCAAGUUCCUGCUCAAUCUCCUUGUCAGAGGAGUCAGUUUGCAUCCCAAGAGAAUUUCUGCACUUGUAUAAAGUUUGCUUGCCUUUAUCCUGCAGGGAUUUGCCAUCACACCUUUAAACAUCAUCAGAAACUUGGGACUUAGGCAUCUUAAUCUACAAACUCCACUUAAUGCUCCUCAAACCUUGUCAGUUACUGGUCCAUGGUAGAUGGAAUUGUAGUCAGCCUCUUCCAGUAGCAUGUGUGCUUUGUGUUCCAGGUGCUGUAGAUGUAUGCUUCAGCCACUGUUGACAGCAAUUGUCAACUGAGACAGACUUAUUUAAAUAAUAAUAUUUUAAAAAGGCCUUUUGAAACUUUUUGCCAGCUUAGUGAUUUAAAAUUCUUGGUUUGACCUUGGAUUGUGCUACGUAAAGUAAAAUAUAAGUUUAAAAAAAAAUAGGAGGCAAAUAUAUUUUCUCUUUCCUCUCUGUAAAUAAAUGAAAUGCAGAGGACAAACCCCCAGCAACUGUGAAGGUCUUCCUCAUACACUAAACCCUCAUGAUUAACAAUUCAGCAUAGGCUUGCACUCUGACUGAAGCCACCAGGAUAGUUUUGAGGUCCCUUUUGCAAACUUGCUUUGCCCUUUUUUUCCUUUAAGCUGCUUCAUUUUUGGCCCGUUAAUUCAAGGAAGCAGAGCAAGAGGUAUUUUUAAGAGGCAUCUGUACAGAGCA